GCGCAUGAGCGAUGUGAACGAGCUCAACUGUCACGAGCCACAGGUUCAGAAACUCCAAGAAACACAAACAUUAUCAUUUAUUCGACACAUAUGCGCGAAAGAACCAAAGAAGAGACAAGCAGAAAAGGAGCAAGGACCAGACACAUACCGACACACAGCAAGGACCUUUUGGGAGGCUAAAAUCACACAAAUGUAACACACUCUAAAUACAAGAUAGAUCCAUGACACACACAGUCAAGACAGCAGGGGGCGGUAUUACACACUUUACGGUUGCCACCCGCCGUAAACUGACAGAAGAAGACGUGUAGAGAGAAGAGCAAGAUGGAGGCCGUGGACACUCAAGGAUCUGUCCUUGUCUGUCAGUGCUGAAGUUUUGAUGCUGUCCCGAAGACCUGCGUUUGUGCACUCCGUCUGCACACGUCUGCUCCACUCACGGCCCCUCAUGGCUUCGGACCCCGGCCGCCCUGUGGAGACCUCCAUAAGGGCUAAGCUGACGGGGGCUCUGCAGCCGGAGCACCUGGAGGUGCACAAUGAGAGCCACAUGCAUGCCGUGCCCCCGGGCUCAGAGUCUCACUUCAGGGUGCUGGUGGUCAGCCCUCACUUUGAUGGUCUGUCCCUUCUACAGCGCCAUCGCCUGGUCAAUGAUACACUGAAGGAGGAACUGAGCACUAGAGUCCACGCUUUAGCCAUCCAGGCAAAGACCCCACAGCAGUGGGCCAAGGACCCCUCUCUGGGCAAGAGUCCAGGCUGCUUGGGCGGCUCCAAAGGCGACCACACGGUCCAGCAGAAGCUGCAGACUGAGCAGAGCUAAACCUGCUGGACUGUGUUAGGGCAGAUGGGGUGGAUAUAAUGUGAUAUAUCAGGUGUGUAAGGUGCGUCUGAAGUAAACAUAUGGCCUAUUACAGUGACCCACAUCUCCACAGACACACCCAGAGUCCAAGGAUUCUGGGUUAUAACAAGAGCCGUGAGCAGAGGUCCUUCGUGUGAGUUGUCUCGUGCUCAGGGCUGAUUUCAGGAGCUAUUUUACAGCAGUGUGGUCAGAAAAAAAACAUUUAAAACUGUAAGUGAAAAGUAGAGCAUCUUAAUAAAUAGUGGUAUUAAGUAUGAUGUAUUCUCCAUUAGAACAGGGUAAAACACAUGAUGAACCGUAAAAACCUCUCUGCACUAUUCUGACACAAGAGGGCAGUGUGAGACCAGCUCUGGCAGACUUGUCUGUUAUGACGCUGCUGAGGCUCUCAAGAUGAUUCCAUAAUGCAAAUCAAACUGUUUAACAUUGUUCAAUCUAUGAAAUUGUGAAGAGUAUAUAUGACAUUGAAAUGAUACCAAAUAACACAAUAAACUUAAAAAAAUACAAACCAGUUUUGAAAUGUUUUGUCAUGUAAAAGGUUCAGGCUACACAAGGGGAUCACGCAUGACUAGUCCCAUCUGUUCUGCAUUUAUGAAAUUACAAUACAACUGUUUCAAUAGCUGACAAUACAACAGGAUACAGUCUUAUUAUGAACAGCAUGUGCUAAAACUGUAGUUUAGAGCAAAUAUUAAUGCCAGUGAGUAGGUUUAAAACUACACUUUAAUUAAAUUGUGAUUUAAAAACUUUAAAUGUAUGCAUGCUUUGAGCUGAUUUUUGGGGAAUAAACACUUGAAUAAAAAUGUUUACUGAAUAGUUUAUUCAAUAGUUGAUGAAGGAGAAAGACAAGCUGUGGAACAUUCUAGAUUAUACUGUGGAAACAAGCAAGAUGCACAGAGCAUUUUUUUAUUUUUAUUUUAUUUUUUUUAUCUGAAAGAACAUAAUUCAAAUUGGUGAAAGAGGUUGGGUUUUUUUUUGGGUUUUUUUUGCACUUUUUUAAACCAAUAAACUGUGAAACUUUACCAAAAUAAAAUUCUUGUAAAUCUAAUGUCAACAAAUUAAAGCAAACAUUUUUAACCUU